AUGUCAGAACAAAGACAAACGCCACAACAAAGACAACCGUCACAACAAAGACAACCGUCACAACAAAGACAACUAGCCACAACAAAGACAACUAGCCACAACAAAGACAAACGCCACAACAAAGACAAAAGCCACAACCAUUACAACAAAGACAACCGUCCCAACAAAGACAACCGUCACAACAAAGACGACCGCCACGACAAAGACGACCGCCACUACAAAUACGACUGCCACGACAAAGACAACAGUCAUGACAAAGACAACAGUCAUGACAAAGACAACAGUCAUGACAAAGACAACAGUCAUGACAAAGACAACAGUCAUGACAAAGACAACCUCCACAACCAUUACAACAAAGACAACGGCCACAACCAUCAAAACAAAGACAACUUCCACAACAAAGAAAACUGCCAAAACAAAGACAACUGCCAAAACAAAGACAACUGCCACAACAAAGACAACUGUCACAACAAAAACAACCGUCACAACCGUCACAACAAAGACAACUGCCACAACAAAGACAACCGCCACAACAAAGACAACCUCAACAACCAUUACAACAAAGACAACAGUCACAACAAAGACAACAGCCACAACCAUCACAACAAAGACAACCGUCACAACAAAGAAAACGGCCACAACAAAGACAACCUCCACAACCAUUACAACAAAGACAACAGUCACAACAAAGACAACAGCCACAACAGCCACAACCAUCACAACAAAGACAACCGUCACAACAAAGACAACGGCCACAACAAAGACAACCGUCACAACCGUCACAACAAAGACAAGCGCCACAACAAAGACAACAGCCACAACAAAGACAACAGUCACAACAAAGACAACCUCCACAACCAUUACAACAAAGACAACAGUCACAACAGCCACAACCAUCACAACAAAGACAACCGUCACAACAAAGACAACGGCCACAACAAAGACAACCUCCACAACCAAUACAACAAAGACAACAGUCACAACAAAGACAACCUCCACAACCAUUACAACAAAGACAACGGCCACAACCAUCAAAACAAAGACAACUUCCACAACAAAGACAACCGCCACAACCAUUACAACAAAGACAACAGUCACAACAAAGACAACGGCCACAACCAUCACAACAAAGACAACUGCCACAACAAAGACAACCGUCACAACAAAGACAACGGCCACAACAAAGACAACGGCCACAACAAAGACAACGGCCACAACAAAGACAACCGCCACAACAAAGACAACCGCCACAACAAAGACAACAGUCACAACAAAGACAACCUCCACAACCAUUACAACAAAGACAACAGCCACAACAAAGACAACCGCCACAACAAAGACAACCGUCACAACAAAGACAACCGCUACAACAAAGAAAACAGUCACAACAAAGACAACAACAAAUGCCACAACAAAGACAAAUGCCACAACAAAGACAAAUGCCACAACAAAGACAACCGUCACAACCGUCACAACAAAGACAACAGCCACAACAAAGACAACCUCCACAACCAUUACAACAGCCACAACAAAGACAACCUCCACAACAAUUACAACAAAGACAACGGCCACAACAAAGACAACGGCCACAACAAAGACAACCGCCACAACAAAGACAACCGCCACAACAAAGACAACCGCCACAACAAAGACAACGGCCACAACAAAGACCACCGCCACAACAAAGACAACCGUCACAACAAAGACAACGGCCACAACAAAGACAACGGCCACAACAAAGACAACCGCCACAACAAAGACAACCGCCACAACAAUGACAACCGCCACAACAAAGACAACGGCCACAACAAAGACAACGGCCACAACCAUCACAACAAAGACAACUGCCACAACAAAGACAACCGUCACAACAAAGACAACGGCCACAACAAAGACAACGGCCACAACAAAGACAACCGCCACAACAAAGACAACCGCCACAACAAUGACAACCGCCACAACAAAGACAACAGUCACAACAAAGACAACCUCCACAACCAUUACAACAAAGACAACAGCCACAACAAAGACAACAGCCACAACAAAGACAACUGCCACAACAAAGACAACCGCCACAACAAAGACAACCGUCACAACAAAGACAACCGUCACAACAAAGACAACCGCUACAACAAAGAAAACAGUCACAACAAAGAAAACAGUCACAACAAAGACAACCUCCACAACCAUUACAACAAAGACAACAGUCACAACAAAGACAACAGUCACAACAAAGACAACAGUCACAACAAAGACAACAGUCACAACAAAGACAACCUCCACAACCAUUACAACAAAGACAACCGCCACAACAAAGACAACAGCCACAACAAAGACAACCGCCGCAACAAAGACAACCGCCGCAACAAAGACAACCGCCACAACAAAGACAACCGCCACAACAAAGACAAAUGCCACAACAAAGACAGCCGCUACAACAAAGAAAACAGUCACAACAAAGACAACCUCCACAACCAUUACAACAGCCACAACAAAGACAACCUCCACAACAAUUACAACAAAGACAACCGCCACAACAAAGACAACCGCCACAACAAAGACAACCGCCACAACAAAGACAACCGCCACAACAAAGACAACGGCCACAACAAAGACAACAGCCACAACAAAGACCACCGCCACAACAAAGACAACAGUCACAACAAAGACAACCUCCACAACCAUUACAACAAAGACAACCGCCACAACAAAGACCACCGCAACAACAAAGACCACCGCCACAACAAAGACCACCGACACAACAAAGACAACAACCACAACAAAGACAACAGCCACAACAAAGACAAAUGCCACAACAAAGACAAACGCCAACCGCUACAACAAAGAAAAAAACAACCGCCACAACAAAGACAACAGUCACAACAAAGACAACCUCCACAACCAUUACAACAAAGACAACAGUCACAACAAAGACAACAGUCACAACAAAGACAACCUCCACAACCAUUACAACUAAGACAACCGCCACAACAAAGACAACAGCCACAACAAAGACAACAGUCACAACAAAGACAACAGUUACAACAAAGACAACAGUCACAACAAAGACAACCUCCACAACCAUUACAACAAAGACAACUGCCACAACAAAGACAACCCCAACAACAAAGACAACCGACACAACAAAGACAACCGCCACAACAAAGACAACCGCCACAACAAAGACAAAUGCAACAACAAAGACAAAUGCCACAACAAAGACAAAUGCCACAACAAAGACAGCCGCUACAACAAAGAAAACAGUCACAACAAAGACAACAGUCACAACAAAGACAACCUCCACAACCAUUACAACAAAGACAACCGCCACAACAAAGACCACCGCCACAACAAAGACCACCGCCACAACAAAGACCGCCACAACAAAGACCACCGCCACAACAAAGACAACAGCCACAACAAAGACAACAGUCACAACAAAGACAACAGUUACAACAAAGACAACAGUCACAACAAAGACAACCUCCACAACCAUUACAACAAAGACAACUGCCACAACAAAGACAACAGCCACAACAAACACAACCCCAACAACAAAGACAACCGACACAACAAAGACAACCGCCACAACAAAGACAAAUGCCACAACAAAGACAAAUGCCACAACAAAGACAAAUGCCACAACAAAGACAGCCGCUACAACAAAGAAAACAGUCACAACAAAGACAACCUCCACAACCAUUACAACAAAGACAACCGCCACAACAAAGACAACCGCCACAACAAAGACAACAGCCACAACAAAGACAACAGCCACAACAAAGACAACCGCCACAACAAAGGCAACGGCCACAACAAAGACAACAACAACCGCCACAACAAAGACAACCGUCACAACAAAGACAAAUGCCACAAAGACAACCGAUACAACACAACCAUCACAACAUAGACAACCGUCACAACAAAGACAACCGUCACAAGCGUCACAAAAAAGACAACCGCCACAACAAAGACAACCUCCACAACCAUUACAACAAAGACAACCGCCACAACAAAGACAACCGCCACAACAAAGACAACAGCCACAACAAAGACCACCGCCACAACAAAGACCACCGCCACAACAAAGACCACCGCCACAACAAAGACCACCGCCACAACAAAGACAACCGUCACAACAAAGACAACCGUCACAAUAAAGUCAACCGACACAACCGCCACAACAAAGACAACAGCCACAACAAAGACAACAGCCACAACAAAGACAACAGCCACAACAAAGACAACCUCCACAAAAAAGAUACCGCCACAACAAAGACAAAAGCUUGUGUGAGAAAGCUGCACCAUUCUGUCAACAGAUCUCAGUGCUAA